AGCUUGACAAACUACAGCACAGCUAGAACAAGCUUGACUGGCAUCAUGUUCAGACUGAAGGAAGUCCAGCGUCUCCUGGUGCUGACAUUUCUCUGCCAAACAGUUCAUGGAAGUCACAUCAUAAAUGGGGAAAAGGCUCCUGUAAACUCAAUGCAGUACAUGGUCUCAGUGCAGAGCAAUGGAAAACAUGUAUGUGGAGGAUUUCUGAUCAGUGAGGACUUUGUGGUCACUGCUGCUCACUGCAAUAAUCCUAAACCCGAUCUGGUUGUCCUGGGAAAUCAUAAUAUCAAAAGUUCAAAUGUAAAAAAAAUAAACAUUCAGUACAGCUGCGAAUUCCCAACUUUCCAAAAUGUUGGACUUGGCAAUGACAUCAUGCUGCUUAAAUUGUCUGGGAAAGCUUCACUAAAUAACAAGGUGAAAACAAUUCCACUUCCAACGUCUUCCAAUGACAACCUUAGAGACGGUCAGAUCUGCUCUGUAGCUGGAUGGGGUAAAACUGGAACCAGCCAUCAUAUGGUGGAUGACCUGAGAGUGGUGAAUGUGUCGAUCUUAAAUCCACAACUCUGUUGGGAGAAAUGGGGUGGCCUGCCUUCCAAUGUGAUCUGUGCUGGUGGAUACGACACAGACAAAGGAUUUUGUCAGGGUGAUUCCGGUGGUCCACUGGUGUGCAACGGGGUAGCUGUUGGUGUCGUGUCAUUCAACAGAGAUUUAAACUGCAACUACCCAGAUGUACCCAACGUCCACACAGACAUAUCCAAAUAUCUUCCGUGGAUCAACAACGUUAUGAAAACGAAGGAAUGUGUGUAGCAAACUUGUUACAGAAGGUCUUCCUGCUCAGAAAGUUGUUCAUCUCAUUUCAUUGCCUUUGUCAACUUCUGGUUUUCUACAGAAUUAUGAAAUAAAGCAAAGCAAAAUGAAAUUAAAUGCUAAAAGUGAGAUUUUUUUUAUUUCUCAACAGAAACAUAUAAGUAUAUAUUUAACAAGAGUAUUAUACUGUUUAUAUUGUCUAUGGAGUCAGUUCUGCCCUGGGACGUCCUCCUCGUGGGACAUUCUGGACAAAUACACCCAACAUCUACACAGAAGUUUCUAUAUAUCAUCAGUGGCUCAACUAUGCUGUAAAGGAAAAGAAAUGUGGUUGUGCAAAUCUUUAGAGUGAAGCAUUGUUCCAGCUCAUGGCAUGUGGGCGGUGAAGUUGUGGCUUCCAUUUAGGUCGAUGUCAUCCUCUUCUGCUCUUCAGCUGAAUAAAACAAAACGCUUUCGAAU